AUGGGGAAGACCCACCGCGCCGCGCAGGCGCGGCUGGGCCCGAAGAAAAAGGCGAGCCACUCGCGGGGCCGCAGCGGCGACGACGGCGACGACGACGAGACGCUCCGUCGUCAGCUCGCGGACGUCGGCAUGCGCGUCCGCGAGGUCUCCUCCGACGGGAACUGCUUCUUCCGCGCGCUCUCCGACCAGCGCUACGGCGGCGAGUCCCGCCACGCCUCCCUCCGCGCGUCGACCGUGAAGUACAUGCUCGCGAACCGCGAGCACUUCGAGCCGUUCAUCGAGGACGACGAGAAGUGGGACCCGUACAUCGCGCGCAUGGCCGAGGACGGGACGUGGGCGGGGAACAUGGAGGUGCAGGCGGCGUCGCACGUGUGCAUGGCGAACUUUUGCGUGCAUCAGGUGCGUUCUAUACACUGGUCCCCAUACGACCGCGUCGGCGUGGCGAACCAGCCGCGAUGGGAGGUGGUCAACUUCCCGGCGGCGGCGUCGCGGUGGUUCCACUUCGCGUAUCAGGGCAACGAGCACUACAACAGCGUGCGGACGCGCGGCACGGACGACGAGCGGGAGCCCGGCGGGCCGAUCGCGCUCGACCGUAGGAGCGGCCGCGGGGAGUGGAUGGGAUGGGACGGCGAGGGCGGCGGCGGCGGCGGCGGCGGCGGCGGCGGCGGCGGCGGCGGCGGGAGGGAGCCGUCGGCGGCGGCGGUGGCGGAGACGGUCGCGCGCUCGGGCGGGAGAGGGAAGAAGAGCCGCGCGCGGGAGAUUCUGCGGUUGUUCGGCGGCGGCGACGUCGACUCCGCGGCGAUCGCGCUGAGGGAGGAGGUGAACUACAGGGGCGUGCUGAGGAGCGGGGAGGACGACGACGACGACGACGCCACCGCGAAGGAGGUGCGUUCUAUACACUGGUCCCCAUACGACCGCGUUCGCGAGGUGAACGCCGAUCCUUAA